AAAGAAUCAUCAUCUAUCAGAGCUCUUCCCCUUCAAUCUCUCUUUCCUUCUCCUCGCGCUUUACAACUUGUUCUUUCGUGUUGAAUACACACAUCGAGAAUCGAAUUGAAUUGAAAUAUUCUUCGCUUUGAUCUCUUUCCAUCAAAGAUUCCAACCUGAUGGAACAUGAGCAAGAUGAUGACCCUGGUUCAGCAACAUAUGGUGGGGUUGUGAAUAACAACAGCAGUCAUAUAGAUAGCGCUGAUGGUUCAGGAAGCAACGAGCAUCCCAACAUUUAUCGACAAGAUAUUGUCAGAAACAACAAAACGGGUUGUAUUGGGGUUGUGAGCGAAGUUGCUGGUGAUUCUGACUCUGAAAGUGGCACUAGUGAUGACGAUGAUGACGACGAUGAUGAAGAAGAUGAUGACGGCGAUGAUGCAGAUGAAGAGGAAGGGGAAAAGGAAAAUGCUGGUCAUGGAGAUGGAAAUGCUGCUGGAGAUCUUAGCGAGAAAAAAACUGAUGGGAACUACAAAUGUGGUACUCUUGAGGGUGAUCAGAUUCGUGUUCUAUGGAUGGAUGACACCGAGCCAGUUCAAGAUGUUAACAAUGUAACAGUUGUAGAUCGUGGUUUCUUACAUGGAGAUUAUGUUGCUUCAGCUUCUGACCCAACUGGCCAGGUGGGAGUAGUUGUGGAUGUAGACAUGUCAGUGGAUUUAUUGGCUCUGGAUGGUUCUAUCCACAAGGACAUCCCAACAAAAGAACUGAAACGUGUCAGAGAUUUUGCUGUUGGUGAUUAUGUGGUUCACGGCCCCUGGCUAGGUAGGAUUGAUGAUGUGUUGGAUAAUGUGACUGUGUUGUUUGAUGAUGGAUCCAUGUGUAGAGUCCUACGUGCUGAACCCCAUCAACUAAAACCUGUUUCCAAGAGUAACCUUGAAGAAGAUGCAAACUUUCCAUAUUACCCAGGCCAGCGUGUCAAAGCAAGCUCCUCGUCAGUUUUUAAGAGUUCCCGGUGGUUAUCUGGAUUGUGGAAGCCCAAUCGCUUAGAAGGUACUGUGACCAAAGUCACCGCUGGAUCUAUUUUUGUCUACUGGAUAGCCUCAGCUGGCUUUGGGCCAGAUUCUUCUUCUUCCCCACCUGAGGAGCAGAGUCCAAGUAACUUAACAUUGUUGUCAUCUUUCACCCAUGCCAACUGGCAAGUUGGUGACUGGGGACUUCUUCCAUCGGUGAAUCAACCUGCUAAAAUUCCCUUGCACAAGCAUGUAUCUAAAUUACGAAUUUUUGAUUCUCAAGCAAAAGAUGCAGAUCAGCAACAGAAAAGUGGGUCCGAUUUAGAAGAUGAAGUAAGCGAAAAAACUGAGUCUGUUGGCAAUACUGCUAAAGCUUUAUCAAAAGAAACCAGUGUUUCUUCUACUUCUAAGGAGCCUACUCAUGAACCUUGGCCUCUCCAUCGUAAGAAGAUACGCAAACUUGUUAUCAGAAAGGACAAAAAGGUAAAGAAAAAAGAGGAAAACUUUGAACGAGCUCUAUUGAUAGUUAAAAGCAGAACGCUUGUUGAUGUAGCCUGGCAGGAUGGUACAGUUGAAUGUAGAAGGGAAGCAACAACAUUGAUUCCAGUUGAGACCCCUGGUGAUCAUGAAUUUGUCGCUGAGCAAUAUGUGGUGGAGAAGGCUUCAGAUGAUGAUGAUAACACAACUGAACCUAAGCGUGUUGGGGUUGUUAAAAGUGUCAAUGCAAAAGAACGUACUGCUACUGUGAGAUGGUUGAAGCCACGUCUAAUGGCAGAAGAACCCCGUGAGUUUGACCAGGAAGAAAUUGCAAGUGUUUAUGAACUAGAGGUCCAUCCUGAUUAUGACUACUGUUAUGGGGAUAUUGUUGUUCGACUAUCACCUGUUGCCACGGCAUUACCAACAUCAUCUGCUGGAAACUCUUCAGAAGAGCCAACAGACCAAGACAACGGACACAAAGUUACAGAAAAUCAUCAAGAAGCUAUAGUCCAUGAUAAGGAAGAAAACAAAGUUGUUACAAACCUUUCAGAGCUCUCAUGGGUUGGAAAUAUUACUGGCCUAAAGGAUGGUGAUAUUGAAGUAACAUGGGCUGAUGGAAUGGUAUCAACGGUUGGCCCUCAAGCAAUUUACGUAGUUGGACGGGACGAUGAUGAAUCAAUUGCUGCAGAAAGUGAAGCAAGUGAUGCUGCUAGUUGGGAAACUGUAGACGAUGACAAGGGAGAUGCUCCGGAGACUCCUGCAGAGGAUCUUGGAAGGGAUAGUUUUCUUGAGGAAAACUCUGAUGCAGAAAACAAUGGUGAGAAUGAUUCUGGGAGGAAUGGUGCCCUAGCUCUCCCACUAGCUGCAGUUGAAUUCGUGACUCGAAUGGCUAGUGGAAUCUUUUCACGUGGACAGAAAACUGAAGAUUCUUCUAGUUCUUUACUUGAUGAUCAUAGUUCUCCAAAAUUCAGUGCCAGUGAUAACUGUGACUCAGAGGAAACAAUUAUAGAAAACUCUAUAGUUUUGGGAAACGAAUCAUUGCAAAGAUCAAAGAUUGAAAAAUCUGAUGAGCUAGUACCUUCUGAAAGUGAUAGUUGCAGUUUCAGACGCUUUGAUAUAUCUCAAGAUCCUCUGGACCACCAUUAUCUGGGCGCAGAUGAGCAGAAAACCAAGGAAAGACGAUGGUUCAAAAAGGUUGAUCAAGACUGGAAAAUACUUCAGAACAAUCUUCCGGAUGGAAUAUUUGUUCGAGUUUACGAAGAUAGAAUGGAUCUCUUGAGGGCCGUAAUAACCGGGGCAUAUGGAACACCGUACCAAGAUGGUCUUUUCUUUUUUGAUUUUCACCUUCCACGUGACUACCCGAAUGUGCCACCGUCAGCUCAUUACCAUUCUGGUGGUUGGAGGUUGAACCCUAAUCUGUAUGAAGAAGGAAAGGUCUGUCUUAGCCUUCUUAAUACGUGGACAGGCAGAGGAAAUGAAGUUUGGGAUUCCAACUCAUCUAGCAUCCUUCAAGUCCUUGUCUCACUCCAAGGAUUAGUGCUGAAUUCAAAGCCUUAUUUCAAUGAAGCUGGGUAUGAUAAGCAGAUUGGAACUGCGGAAGGAGAAAAAAAUUCACUGGGGUAUAAUGAGAAUGCCUUUUUGCUAAGUUGCAAAACCAUGAUGUAUCUUAUGCGAAGACCACCAAAGGAUUUUGAAGAACUCAUCAAAGAUCAUUUCAGAAAACGCGGUUAUUACAUCUUGAAGGCAUGUGACGCCUACAUGAAAGGAUAUCUAAUAGGUUCUCUCACCAAAGAUGCCUCGGUUAUUGAUGAGAGCAGCAGUGCUAAUUCAAAUUCGGUUGGUUUUAAGCUUAUGUUGGCUAAGAUUAUACCAAAGCUUUUCUCAGCGCUGAGUGAGGUAGGAGCUGACUGCAAUGAAUUCAAACAUCUUCAGCAGCAGCAAUAACACGAGCCUCAGAGGAGCUGGAUAAUUGCCAAUUAACCAAGUGAAGGUUUGUGGCUUCUUUAUUAUUACAAGUUUCGAACCAAGUGAAAUGCGUGUGUCGAGUUUUGUUUUUCCGUUAUACCAGAAUUGAAUGUUCCGAGUUGUAACCCCAUCUGCUCCAGCAAUAUUGGCGAAUGAUCUUUUUUGGUGCUUGGCUAAACGUUUUAGGGGUGUAAACUACUACACUGUUUUUUUGUCAUGGGUUUUCAAAUAACUUCAAACAAAGAUUAUUUCAAGUGAAGUUGUUUGGCUUUUAUAUUAAUGUUUUAUGAGAAUCCAGAGCAGUCCUUUGGUAGUGGCUAGUGGCUACAUAAUUUUUCUCGAACUGUCUUCCUUUUUUAUUAUUUAAGGAAAUGGAAAAGAAGUUUGAAGUCUAUUUGCGCAGAUAUUAAUGUUUCUUUCUCUUGUAAAGAACAUACAUCUUGAUGCUCUGGGAACAUGUUUCUUAUUGGUUUUGGUAAUGGUUGAUGUGUUGAUGGUGGUGAUGAAGGUGAGCGUUCUGGUUUAUCUGAUGAUCGUGUAAGUGAUGAUGAUCAUCAUAGUGUUGAUAGUUAACCUCGUUCUUUUCGUUUUGCAUGGAACCAGUUGCCAUCUGAUCAUCACGCCAUCCUCGAGAUGUGUUCCUGGUUAUUUCCAGCAACGAGUUCCUCACAUGUUCAGCUGGCACCAUCGCACUAUCAUUUUUCUGUAACAUGAAGGACAAAAAAUAACUAUUUAACAUGAUUACCAAAAAAAGGAACC